AACAGCCGCAUGUAGUUGUGGAAUGCUUAAUAGGACGGGAAUAUUGUGUGGACAUGGUCUCAAAGUUCUUGAUCUAAUGAACAUAAAGACAUUGCCAACACAUUAUAUCCUAAAAAGAUGGACUAGAGAAGCACGCAAUGGAAGCAUACAAGAUAGAAAAUGAAGGAAUGUGGUAGAAAAUCCAAAGUUGGAAGCUCAACUUCGGUACAAGCAUUUGUCCCACCAAUUUCAUAGUUUGGCACGUAAAGUAGCCAACUCCGAAGAGUGUUGUUUGAUGUUAGAAAAUGCAAUUGAUUUUGUUGGUCCACAAAUAGAAGAUAAACUUAAUGCAACUACCAAUGCUUCCGAUAAGCCAUGCAAUGAUCAAGAAAAUAUUGACCCAAAUGUGCAACUACCAAAUGAGCUUCUUAGUGCCGCAAAGCUCAAGAAGAAAGAGGUACAAUCAAAGAAUUUGAGGAGGAAGAAAACUUGGCUUGAUAAGUUACUCAAGGGGAAGCGGAAGCCAACUAAAGUUACCACAUCAAAAAACAAAGGAGCAAAGCAACAAAAGAAACAUGAUGGUGUAGAGCCUCAAGUAGGAGUGAAGAAGAAGGAUGGUAGCCAUAAAGGAGCAAAUGUGGAGCUUCAAGAAUGCAAUGCAAUCAUGAGUUUCACAGAGCUCUUGACAACUCCCUCAUAUGGUGUUUAUGAUGAUGAUAUGUUCUAGCAUGUACAAGCUUGUUAGAUAGUAUUUUGGACAUGGUUGGGUAGUAUUUUGGACAGGUUUGACUAUAGUAUUUUGGAUUUUGGGGCUAACUAUAGUCUUUUGUGGCCUAAUUGUACAAGUAGAUUGGCCAAAUUUAUCUACCAGAUGGAUUAUGUAAGAAAAGAUUGUUGGUCCAGAAUUUGAGUAUUAAGUGAUGCAAA